GUUUGGAAAAGAUUAAAGUAGCCUCGCUUUGUUGCUUUUCCACCAGCCUCUCCAACUCCAACCCAGUCAUCGCAGCCCCCCACUAUCCUCCUGUAUCUCUUCUUCCCCCCUCCAGGCCUUCACCAGAAGAUGAUGCAUUGAAUCAUCUGCAAUCCCAAAAUUUACCCCAAAUAUCUGUUAAAAAAACUAGCUUUUUCAUCAGUUUAGCCCAAAAAAAAAUUUUUAUUUGUGUUUUUUUUUGGGAAGUGGUUUAAGUGAAGAAAUACAGAUGACCCAAUUGAAGCCGAUUCUGUCCCACCUUGAUGCCAUACCCUCUACGCCGGGGAAGUGCAAACUGGACAAAACGUCGCCGUAUCACUCCACUUUUCAUCGUUUAAGGCUUCAUUCUGCACUUCUCCCAAGGCGCACUCUUUGGUCAUUUAUUUUCCUCUUCCUUAUUCUGCUGUUCCUUUUCUUGUCUCCGCCGUCUGCCACUAGCAGCGCCUCGAACGCCUCUGUCAAUGGAGGCAAGCGCCGGAGUCUCCAUACUGCUGCAGUGGUUGGACCCAGUCUCGGCCCGAACUGGGAGAAUCGGGCAUGGGCCUCGGCCCGUCCGGCUUCCAAGUCGGGCCUCUCCGUUCUAGUCACCGGUGCGGUUGGUUUCGUUGGAGCCCAUGUCUCCCUUGCCCUCAAAAAGCGUGGAGACGGCAUCGUUGGGUUGGACAACUUCAACUCUUACUAUGAAACCGGGCUUAAGAAGGCCCGAAAUUCCCUCCUAGAAAAGUCGGGAAUUUUUGUUGUUGAAGGUGACAUAAACGACGCCGCAUUGCUUCGGAAACUCUUCGAGACGGUGAAAUUUACGCACGUGAUGCAUUUGGCCGCUCAAGCCGGGGUACGGUAUGCUAUGAAAAAUCCCAUGUCCUAUAUUCAUAGUAACGUGGAUGGUUUUGUGAAUUUACUAGAAAUAUGUAAAGCUGCAAAUCCACAGCCUGCUGUUGUUUGGGCUUCGUCUAGUUCUGUUUAUGGAUUAAAUUCUAAGGUACCCUUUUCGGAAAAAGAUCGAACUGACCAGCCAGCAAGUUUGUAUGCAGCCACAAAAAAGGCUGGUGAAGAAAUAGCACAUACAUAUAAUCAUAUUUAUGGACUUUCGUUAACCGGGUUAAGGUUUUUUACGGUUUAUGGACCGUGGGGUAGGCCUGAUAUGGCGUAUUAUUUCUUUACCAAGGAUAUAUUGAGAGGAAAAGAGAUUAAAAUCUAUGAGGGGGUUGAUCAUGGGACUGUAGCAAGGGAUUUUACUUACAUUGAUGAUGUGGUGAAGGGUUGUUUGGCUGCGUUGGAUACGGCAAAAAAGAGUACCGGGAGUGGGGGGAAGAAAAGAGGAGCUGCACAGUUUAGGAUAUAUAAUUUGGGGAAUACGACCCCGGUGCCAAUUGGGAGGCUUGUGAGUAUAUUGGAGAAGUUGUUGAGGGUGAAGGCCAAGAAGAAGGUGAUUCAAAUGCCAAGGAAUGGAGAUGUGCCUUUUACUCAUGCCAACAUUAGUUUGGCUCACAAGGAGCUUGGUUAUAAGCCCACUACGGAUUUGGAGGCCGGGUUGAAGAAGUUUGUGAAGUGGUAUGUUGGUUAUUAUGGAUCGAAGAAAAAAAGUGCUUGGUGAUCUCUCAGAAACCAGUUCAGGUCAUAUGAGAGACGUGUUUUCUUCAAGUUUAGCUCACUAGAACUUGGAUGAUCGUGGCCCUUUGGAAUAAGAAUCGUUGCCCUUCGGAAGAUCUUAUUCAGUAACUGCAUCGUGUUCGAUUGUGAAGUUGCUAAAUGGAUGGAGCUGUUGAUUGUCCUGCAUUUGAUGGCAAGGCAUUCUUGAUCUGUAUCCGUAGAGCAGCAUUGGCCUUCUUAUUGUUUUACCAUAUUUAUGUUUUUUGGUUAUUCGAUUUGUGGGUAGAUAUGUACAGUUCUUGACUGAUGAUAUAUGAGGAUUUUAUUUGUGCUGAGCACUCUUUUCACUA